GGUCACGCUGAUCUUCGCCUUGCUGGGAUUCCUGUCGCCCGCGCAAAGAGGAAGCCUUUUGCAGUCGAUGAUGCUCCUUUUUACGCUGAUGGGAGUGCUCGGUGGCUAUACUGCUGCGCGGCUUUGCAAGGUCUUCGAUGGCGAUGAAGGGCGGUGGAAGACCACGACCCUGCUGCAAGCCUUCCUGGUACCAGGUCUCUUCUUCGGCAUCUUCUUCCUCUUGAACUUGUGCAUCUGGGGCGAAAAGUCCUCCGGGGCGGUGGCCUUCACGACGCUCUUCGCGAUCCUGGUGCUCUGGUUUGGCGUCUCUGUGCCGUUGGUCUUCUUCGGUGCGUAUACAGGAUUCCGAAAGGAGAGGAUGGAGCUACCGGUGCGCACGAAUCAGAUCCCUCGGGCGAUCCCGGAGCAGCCAUGCUACAUGCAGCCGCUUGCCACUUCGUUGGUCGGUGGUGUGCUGCCCUUCGGCGCCGUGUUCACGGAGCUCUUCUUCAUCAUGUCGUCCAUUUGGCUCCACGAGUUCUAUUACUUGUUCGGCUUCCUGUCGUUGGUCCUGCUGAUCGUGUUGAUCACCUGUGCGGAGAUCUCCAUUGCGCUGACCUACUUCCAGCUCACCAGCGAGGACUACCGCUGGUGGUGGAUCUCCUUCUCCGCAAGCGGAAGCUCGGGGAUCUACGUCUUCUUGUAUUCGAUCAUGUACUUUAACUCGCGGCUCCAAAUUCGCCAUUGGGUGUCCAUCCUGAUGUACUUUGGGUAUAUGUUCAUCAUGUCCUGCAUCUUUGGGCUCAUCAGCGGAGCAGUGGGCUUCUACAGCACCUUCAUGUUCGUGCGGGGCAUCUAUGGCUCAAUUAAAAUUGAUUGAGACGGGCCCUCGCUGCUUUUCCACGUCCGGUGCCGUGGCGUUUCGGCUGGAACGAGAGCUGGGAGAAAACCCCCAGGACAGAGUGCUCAGUGCAGACCACUGGCAAGAGGCAGUUGGGAGGUCUAGGGGCUGCAAAGUUCGGCCCCACAGAACAGAGGUUUGGGAGAUUGUCGGAGAAAUCAGUGGCCUGGAUGUUGCCGGGGCUUGGGAUGUGGGGUGUGACGGUGAGUCUUUUUGGAGGACAUGAUGUCCAAAU